AUGCAAGAGGAACAUUUUUGCGUGUGUGCAGGCUGGCUCCCUGAUAAUGUGCUCCCUGGAAGCAGUGGCAGUGUGCUGCUUGCACCCCUGGCUGCUGGAAUUACCUUAAGGUCAAGGUAUUCAUGCUUGGUGGCUUGGACUGAAGCAGUGAGGAUGGAGCCCACGAAGAUCAACAUGUCCCGCGUGGCCCUGGUCAACGGCGGCAUCGACGGCGCCAUGCUCAAGGCGCACAAACCGCGCGUCAUGUCCAAGAGCGGCCACAGCAACGUCAGGAUCGACAAGGUCGACGGCAUCUACCUGCUCUACCUGCAGGACCUGUGGACCACGGUCAUCGACAUGAAGUGGAGGUACAAACUCACCCUGUUCGCUGCUACUUUCGUCAUGACCUGGUUCCUCUUCGGGGUGAUCUACUACGCCAUCGCCUUCCUUCACGGCGACCUGGAGAUGAACAAGUUCUCCCCGAAGCGGGAGCCGUGCGUGAAGAACGUGGAUUCCCUCACUGGGGCGUUCCUCUUCUCCCUGGAGUCCCAGACAACCAUUGGCUAUGGAUUUCGUUUCAUCACCGAGGAGUGUCCCCAUGCCAUCUUCUUGCUUGUGGCCCAGCUGGUCAUCACCACCCUGAUUGAGAUCUUCAUCACUGGUACCUUCCUGGCCAAGAUCGCCAGGCCGAAGAAAAGGGCAGAGACCAUUAAAUUCAGCCACUGUGCUGUCAUCACCAAGCACAACGGGGAGCUUUGCCUGGUGAUCAGAGUGGCAAACAUGAGGAAGAGCCUCCUGAUACAGUGUCAGCUCUCUGGGAAGCUUCUCCAGACCUACGAAACCAAAGAAGGGGAGAGGAUUCUGCUGAACCAAGCCAGCGUCAAAUUCAACGUUGACUCCUCUUCAGAAAGUCCAUUUCUCAUUCUGCCUUUAACCUUCUACCACAUUUUGGAUGAAAGCAGCCCUCUGAGAGACCUCACACCUCAAAACCUCAAGGAGAAGGACUUUGAGCUCGUGGUGCUCCUGAAUGCCACGGUGGAGUCCACCAGUGCUGUCUGCCAGAGCAGGACUUCCUACGUCCCCGAGGAGAUCCACUGGGGCUACGAGUUCGUGCCUGUGGUUUCCCUCUCCCCAAAUGGAAAGUACGUGGCGGAUUUCAGUCAGUUUGAGAAGAUCAGGAGAAGCACAGAUUCUACUUUUUACAGUGUGGACUCUGAAAAGCAAAAGCUGGAGGAGAAAUACAGGCAGGAGGACCAAAGAGAGAGGGAACUGAGAACAAUGUUGUUACAGCAGAGUAAUGUUUGA